AUGGCCGAAGCUCUGGUUUCCGUAUUGCUAGAACAGUUGGCUUCCAUCACCCUGCAGCAGAUAGAGGAAGAGGUGAGGCUGGUCGUGGGCGUCGACCAAGAAGUCGAAAAUCUCAUCGGCCAUCUCCAGGCAGUUCAAGGCGUGCUCCAGGACGCAGAGGAGAGGCAAGUGAAGGAGGCCAACGUCAAGAAUUGGCUGUACAAUCUGAAAGACGUGUCGUACCAGAUCAACGACGUCUUGGAUGAGUGGCAUACCGCCAUCCUCAAGCAUCACAUGGAGAAGCAAGGAAAAGAAGGUGAGAAUAAUGAUCUUGUCCUUGCUAAGAGGAAUAAGUUAGAUUCACUGAACAAGUUGAGCGAUCCAAAACCACUUCCUUUGUCGACGUGUCUACCAUAA